GUGGGGUUUCCGCCUGAGGUUCGCUGAUGGACAGCAGCGGCGAGCAGCUGGCGGCGGCCGAGGACGAGGCGGCGGGCACGUCGGCCUCAGAGGGCCUGGAGGAGGGAGAGGUGGAGGGGGAGACGCUGCUGAUCGUGGAGUCGGAGGACCAGGGUUCUGUGGACCUAUCGCAUGACCAGAGCGGAGACUCCCUGACGAGCGACGUGGGCGAAGAGACGGACGGAGGAUGGGCCUGCGAGGACAUGUCCUUCUACUGUGACCGCUGUCACAAGUGGAUUCCAGCAGCUCAGCUCCGCGGUGAGCAGCCCAGUUACCUGAAAGGAGACAACUUCUUUAAAUUUCUGUGCUCCAGCUGCUCAGAGGACGGGAAGGAGAGCUUUGAGAGGAUGAGGCUCACCUGGCAGCAGGUGGUGAUGCUGGCCAUGUACAACCUGUCUCUGGAGGGGACGGGGCGGCAGGGAUACUUCAGGUGGAAGGAGGACAUCUGCUCCUUCAUCGGUCGACAUUGGAACUUCCUGCUGGGAAACAGGAAGAAGACGUCCACAUGGUGGAGCACGGUCGCCGGCUGCCUGUCGGUCGGAAGCCCCACCUUCUUCCGUUCCGGAGCGCAGGAGUUCGGAGAACCCGGCUGGUGGAAACUGGUCCAGAACCGGCCUCCCACGCUGAGACCGGAUGGAGACAAGACCAGCACGAAGAUCAGAGCAGCCUCCAGGCCGCCCAUGGAUCCCAUCAUCACGGUGGAAGGCCUGAGGAAGCGCGGAGCCAGGAACCCAGUGGAGAGCGCCAUGCAGCUGAAAGAGAAGCGCUCCCGCACACAGGAGGCCAAAGACAUACGGCGAGCUCAGAAGGAAGCAGCGGGCGGCUACACGGACCGCAGCGCCUCUUCCACACCCGUCAAGAUGGGAGUCUGUCGGGGCGGACGGCGCCCCGAUCUGGUCCUGGAGAGAGGCGAGGUCAUCGACUUCUCGUCGCUCAGCUCCUCGGACCGUACACCUCUCACCAGCCCCUCCCCUUCGCCGUCGCCUGACUUCUCUGGUCCGGGAACCCCUGCAUCCCACUCGGCCACGCCCAGCCUGCUGUCUGAGGCUGACCUCAUCCCAGACGCCAUGCCCCCUCAGGCGCUGUUCCACGAUGAUGAGGAGAUGGAGACGGAGGGGAUGAUUGACCCGGGAAUGGAGUACGUCCCUCCGCCAAACAUCAACGUCAGCCGGAAGAAGCUCCGCCCACCGCAGACUUUCAUCAAACGGGAAGCUGAUAGCGAGGAAGACGAAGGCCACGACCAAGAGGGCCGCUGUGAGGAGUCUGCAGACUGCGAGGCUCCGCCCUCUUCCUCCCGGGGAGGAGGAGGAGGCGGGGUAGUGGAGCGGCGAAGAACGACUGUUCCUGAGAAAUCUGAUGCUGUCGCCGCCCCAGAAGGUCCCCGCUUCUCCCCCCUGAGCUUAUAUGAGGAGCGGCUGCUGCUGCGGCGGAUGGAUGCCUGCCAGCUGGCACUGGCCGUCACGCCGCAGGCCAAACGACUCUACAGGAAGCUGCUCAUCCGCCACGCCAAACGGCAGAGAGGACUGCCUCUGUUUGACAUCGACCGGGCAGUCAGUGCUACCCUGAGCCUAGUGGGGGGGGUCUACGGCACUCAGGAGGUGGACUCACGAGUCGGGGUUGGAGUUAAAGGGACGUUCUGCACCAGCAGCCAGGAGGAGCGGAUUCUGGAUCGUUUCCAGACAAACGCGUCGAGUAGACGCGGCGUCCAGCAGCGCUCCGUGUCCUUUUGGCAUCGCCUGAUGGGAGCUGAGGGCAGUUUGGAGCAGAACAUCAAGAGUCCGUACACGGCCCGGAUCCUGAAACCGUUCAUCAGGAGGGAUUUCGAGUCCAAACCUCUAAAGCUCCGCCUCCUGGCUGAGAUUAGAGCAUAUCCUCACAGGAAGGAUCCAGACUGGAUCCCAGAACCCGACGCUCCCAUCGACUACUGCUACGUCCGUCCCAACCACAUCCCAUCCGUCAACGCCAUGUGCCAUGACAGCUUCUGGCCAGGUGUGGACCUGUCCGAGUGCCUCCAGUACCCAGACUUCAGCGUGGUGGUGCUCUACAAGAAGGUGGUGGUUGGCUUUGGGUUCAUGGUUCCAGACGUCAAAUACAACGAGGCGUACAUCUCUUUCCUGCUGGUCCAUCCUGAGUGGAGGAAAGCUGGGAUCGGGACCUUCAUGAUCUACCAUUUAAUCCAGACUUGCAUGGGGAAAGACGUGACGCUGCACGUGUCGGCCAGUAACCCCGCCAUGCUGCUCUACCAGAAGUUUGGCUUCAAAGCCGAGGAGUACAUCCUGGACUUCUAUGACAAAUAUUACCCCGUUGACAGCGGCGAGUGUCGGCACGCCUUCUUCCUGCGACUGAGGCGCUAAAAGGUGGCGCCGCGGUGCUGCGGGGAGCUCUGCUUUGACUUCUGUCCUGUUCAGAAUAAAACGCUGCUUUUCUCUGUGUUUCUGGUUCCAGUUGUUCCUCUUAAAGAUGGACUAACAUUUUCUUUAUUGGACAUUUUCAGUCAAACUUAGCUACAUUGGAUGAAUUUAGCUCCAAUAUUUUUUUUAAGGCUUUCAGUCCUCAGUUUCUUAAAUUACCUCAAAGCUGCACCAAAACCAAUUAAAUAAAUAAAUUCUUCCUUGAAAACAGCUUUGGUGAACCUACUUUUACAGACUGAACAUCUAAACUCCAGAGGAGACAUAUAGGAAGCUACUCAGCUGUUGCUAACAAAGACUUUAAUCCCUAAACAAGUUAAUUAAAAAGGUCACUUAAAAAAAAACAAUACACGCAGCUUUGUUUUCAUCUUUAGAGUUAUUUCUGUAUAUUUUCCUGUCAUAAACUUUAAAUCUGCAACUAGCUAAUAUAGAACUAGCUUGUAUUCUGAAGUUUGACCAGCAGAUGGCGCUAAUUCCCUUUCUAAAAUACACCAGUUUCUUCUUCUUCCGGUUCGGCAGCUUUGAUGUUGAAAGAGGUUUCAAAACGUAUUGCUCAGUGUUGUGCUGGGGUAUUAGUUCUUAAAAACAUUGUUUUGAAAUACUAAAAAUGGCAAAUGAAAAUAUAAUUUGUCUGAUUUUGUUGUUUUAUUUCUAUAAAUGUAACUGGUACGUGUAACAAAAG